UGUUAGUCGAUCACUGUGUUGCUUGUGGGUAAUCAACAUGAUUCCAGAAAAGUGAAAAUCCAGCGUGCGGAGAGUCAAAAAGGCAAAAGCGGUGGGGUCAGAAGGAGAUCUGGCCAGGAUAUCUCACAGAGCUCUCUUGGGUGUUUCUUGUCUAUUGUGGGAUAUCUUUUUAGUAGAACCUGCCACAGUUCCCCCCAAUCCUGCAACCAUCACUGGUGCUGCCACAACCCUGAGGCACACCCACCAUUGCUGCUCCCAGGUCCAUUUCAAUCCCCAGGGUCUACUGCAGUCGGCAACAGCUUGCCAUGGCUCCUAGAACUAUGAUAUCUUGAAGUUUUUACUCUGAAUCCUGAGACAGUGAAGACUUUUCACACUUGGAGAUGCAUUGUAUCAUUAGUUCAUAUUAUGCAACAUUAUUAUGCAACAGUGCCUAGUUUAAUCAUACCUGAAAUGGUUUUAAAGAAGAAUGAGGAAUCAGCAAAUUAAAGAUUUUUAACAUCAUGCAUUUAGGCACAAAAUAUUUUCUUCAAAUCCUGCAGGAUACUGUUGGAUGCUGUGUUAAGUGUUCCAAAUUUUCUACCUCUUUAACUAUAAGACUUCAUAGUCAAACAAAACCACAAAUAUUUUUCCUUGCAAAGAACUUUAAAAAUGCCUAUUUUCUUCCGAGAUUACAAGGAGGCAUUCCACCAUGGAGGCUCUUUUCUUUUCAGGAUGUGCUUAAGUCAGAACAGGAACGCUGGAGUGCUUAUCAGUCAAAUUACACAAAAAGGACAAAGAGGCUGAAGCAAAGACUAGAAGCCUAUUAUAAGAAGUAUUCCUAUAAUUCAAACAGCUUGGUGAUUCGGUUUGGAGAGUAUGUUUACUUUGAAGAAAAUUACAGCAUAUAUCGUUCGAGGAUGGAAGAAGCAGAUGAGGAAAAGAUCGAAGUAUUACUUAGAAUGGAAGAUCUACCCUUUCAUGAUUUUCUUAUCCAGCGCAUCCGCAUUUCUCCAGAUCACAGAUACCUUGGUGCUGGUAUUAGAAGUGUUAAUUCUGAGGAGUCUGCUUCUAUCAUUGUGAAACUGAAUACGUUGCCAGUAAUAGAGUGUAUUAUCCCAAAUGUAUCUAGCUUUGAAUGGGCUACCCAUGAUAUUCUGUUUUAUACCGUCCAGAAGAACCUUCAGUGUCAUGAAGUAUAUUUGUAUGAUUUUACUAAAAAACAUUCUGAGCUGGUUUACACUGAACAAGAUGCAAGAUACUUUGUGGAUCUCUACUGCACAAAAGACAAACGAUUUCUAACUAUAAAUAGUAAUAGUAAGACUACCUCUGAAGUGUGGCUAGUUGACUGUCACCACCCUUUUAAGCCUUCUGUUCUUGUGCAGCAACGAACAAAAGGGGUUAUUUACCAUGCUGAGCACAGAAACAAUGAUUUGUACAUUCUUACUACAUAUGGGAAUCCAUUGGGAUACAAGCUGAUGAAGACUCCAAUUGAUUCGUGUAGUUUGGAGAACUGGCUGUCCAUAUAUACAGUCAAAGAAAAGGCCAAACUAAUUGAACUGGAGAUGUUUAAAGACCACUGUGUUAUGUUUUUGAAAUACUGCAAUCGCUUGUACAUCGAUAAUAUUUCUCUUGUACCAAACUCCAUUCACAGUGUUAAGCUACCUGCUUGGGCCUGUUCAUUGGAACUGGAGCCUCAUCCUGAGAACACCAGCAGCACUUGCUAUUUCUGGCUUUCCUCCCCUGUUCAGCCUCCAAGACGUUUUGCAUAUUCAUUGGCAGAAAACAAGCUCACUGAACAAGAGGUACCGAUUGCGGUGGACUUUCAUGCUGUCCAUUUAGAAGCUAAGAGCAAGGAUAAAGUUUGGGUGCCAAUUACAAUUUUUCAUAAAGCCAAUUCUGUGGAGCUACACAGGAAACCACUUCUGAUUCAUGUUUAUGGAGCUUAUGGCACCGACGUGAAUAUGAGCUUUAAACCAGAAAAUCUAAUGUUAAUUGAAGAUGGGUGGAUCUUAGCAUACUGUCAUGUUAGAGGUGGAGGAGAAUUAGGCCUAGGGUGGCAUAAAGAUGGAUGUACUACUAAGAAGCAUAAUGGUAUCUAUGACCUCAAGGCAUGUUUAAACUUGUUGCACAAACUGGGGUUUUCUCAGCCCAUGUAUACAGUUCUGGCAAGUCUGAGUGCUGGAGGAGUUCUUGCAGGGGCUCUGUACAAUAAUCAUCCUCACCUUAUCAGGGCAAUGGUUUUACAGUCUCCUUUUUUGGAUGUUUUAAAUACGAUGUUGGAUCCUCAUCUUCCCCUAACCAUUGAAGAGCAAGAAGAAUGGGGAAAUCCUUUGGUUGAUGAAAUUUGCAAGGAAUAUAUUAAAAGCUACUGCCCCUAUCAGAAUAUAAAACCACAGCAUUAUCCUUCUCUUUUCAUCACAGUCUCAGAAAAUGAUCAACGAGUACCUCUGGCAGGAGUGUUAAGAUACAUCUGUAAACUUAGAAGAGCUGUAAAAGAUCAUGCCCAAGCCAAAAGCACAAAUGGCAAAGGUCUUGAGGAGCCUAAUAUUAUUUUAGAUGUGCAACCAGGAGGCAGUCAUUGUGCUUCUUCUUGGGAAGAUUCUUUAAACCAGGUUGCUGUUCAACUAGCUUUUCUCUGCAAUGAGCUUGGACUAGACGUUCAAAAAUGACUCAACGAAGCACAACUUUGUGCUUGAGUGAUAAAACAACCUUGACUGAAUGGGAAGCUACCCACAUGAUUACUACAGCAUCAGAUGAAAUAUUUCAGAGUAAUGGUUUAUAAUUUAACAGUCCUUAGAAACAGAUGUCUUCUCCAAACAUAUUUUUACUAAAUAAAAUAAUCAUUGUUUAAAA